GGGUCUAGUGUGGAGCGAGGACAUGGAGAUGUCAUACACCAACUGGGAGGCGCACGAUCUUGCGUUCUCCUUUCUGUCUCCCAACUCCUGCUUCUGGAUCCAGAGCAACAGUGGCCUGUGGAAGCCGGGCUCGUGCAGAAAUCGCACGCACGGGGUCAUCUGCAAACGACCACGCAGUGCUGAGACCUCAGAUGUAAGAUUGGAUGGCGACCAUCUGCCCACUCUGAUUGUCAUCAUAGUCUCGGGCCUGGUGCUGGUGGUGCUGAUCGUCGGUGUGAUCUACUUGUACCGCCGGCGAACUGUUGGGUCACGGGGAUCGUACGAUGGGGCACGCUACAGCCGCACGAGCUCCAGCCUUUCCGAGCAGGCCGAGAAGAACAUCCUGGUGUCGGACAUGGAGCUGAAUGAGCAGCCAGAGUAGCAGAGCGAGCGACUGUCUGACCAGCCCCGAGGCUGGAUCCGACCCAACGCCGGAGAGGCUGAUUUCAAUGUGCUGACUUGUAAAAAGAAAAACCUGUUGUGGCGUUUAUGUUGUCUAUUUUGAAACCAAAAAGAUUUUUUUAAGUGCUGAGGGGCUGUGUAGAGCGCAGCAGAUAUUUAGAUUUUAAAUUGAAUCCCUCGUCUUUUCUGUUGUCAAGACAAUUCAAGGUAUUUUCUCACCAGACAAAUCAGAUCAUUCUUUUUACACACAGUUCUUCUCCCAAAGCAUCCAUGAAGAGCAUUUAUGGAUCUACUGGGAAUUAAAUUUGAUCACAGUUGGAAAAGUUCAACAGAAAAUCAGUUUUACAAAACAACUCCUCGCCUUUUUCCCUGAUGCCGACAUUUAAAUUUUUGAUUGGUGUAUAUUUCCUUUGGUCUUCCCAUUGAAAGACAAUCGCAGCCACAGAUCAACUAAAACCAUUUGUCUUCGUUCUCCAAAUACACAGUCAGUCUUCUUCAGGACCAAAUUCAUUUUUCAGUUUUGUAAUGGUCUUUGCCAUGACAGUAUUUACCGGAAGUUGAGAUGUGUUUUUAUUCUUUGUUGUUGUUUUGUUGCAUUUGUGCGUCCUUCCUUGUUGAUUUGUUGUAAUCUCUGCAGCUGCAGAGAACUGUUACUGAUGAUGCAUGUGUGGUUUAUGUGAGCCUGCCUCUCUCUUCCGCUUGGAUCUGACACGUCAGCAUCAGCUGUCAGACGACUAGCCGAUGAGGGAGAAGUCUAAAUGUGAAUGUGUGGAAGGUGACAGGGACCAGUGACCUCAAACCGUCUGAGGGCAGCACACUAAAAUUGUGCACAUAAUUAGAACUUAGUAUUGAAAGCUGGUCUUUAAAAUAGAUUACAUUGUCUUUGUGGCACAGCAGGACUAAGGGUUGUCAUCAAAUGAUUAGACUUUCAGCAUCCAUGGCUUUGUCUACAGUUUGGCACUUUCUACUCUUCUCCUGAUCUAAAUCAGUCGUAGUCACCCACUUUUUGGCCUUUUGUCAUUAUCUUUAAGACACUGUUGCUGCUCCGUUGUUUGUUUUGGCUCCUCAUGCCGCCAUCUGGAGCUGAUUCAGCAUUUUUAUGGACAGUCAUUUUCUUUGUGCGUGCCAUGAAAAAGGUUUUGCAAUUUGAUAUUUGUCUGAUUCAUCACUUUUAUGGACCACUAUUCACAUCUCUGUAAUGUUUUAUCGCUAGUAUAUUUCUCAUUCGUUUUGUCUUUUCGAUGAUGCAGGUUUCACCAUGCGUUUUCACUUAAGUACAACUGGUGAAGACAUUUGGAAACUUUCCUUCUGUUAUGGGAUGAACGCCAACACUUGCCCCCACAUAGGAAAACAUCCCUCAUGCAAUUGACGACGUUGUAUAUAUGAGAGCCAGAGAUUGUUUAGCAAAAAGGUACUCUUUCGUAAGUAAAAGCUCCUUUGUCAUUUUUAAGAUUUCACGUUUGUGCAUUAUAAUGGCCAUAAUGAACUGUUCAUACUCCUCCUCAAACCUCUUUUUCCUGCGGCUUUUGCCUCUGAGUGCUUUUCAGUCUUCUUGCUCAGAGGAAUGUUUUGGAGCUUUUUCAGUCUGAGGCUCACUAACUGCCAUGAAAAAAAAAGAGCUUCUUUUGCUCUCUGAGUUGGACUAAGAUAGAGGGGGAAGGUAGGAGGAGAGAGAGCAAAUACUGUGUGUGUGUGUGUGUGUGUGUGUGUGUGUGUGUGUG